CUUUUACUUGGAUUAACGAUAUCUAAUUUAGGUUCAAUGCCAAGAGAAGCUGAUUCUGCUGCCAUCAUUUUACUGCCCUGAAGUGCAUCCCAUACUAAAUGUCAGGGGCUCUUGCGGCAGUUCUAGGAGGUGCUGCAGGAGCCGUGGCAUUGCUGGGAAUACUAAUCGGUUUGAUUCGCUACUUUAUGUUGCGCAAUAGGAGCAUCGCAAGAUCAUCAGACACCAAUUCAUCUGAACUGUCAGUACAAGAGGAACAAACCAUCGAGUUGGCUUUUCAAGGAGCACGAGUUUUUACUCUCAAGGAGUUGGAUGCGGCUACAAAAGAUUUUAGCAAUAUCAAUCUGAUCGGUUAUGGAAUGUUUGGGGAAGUAAACAAGGGAUUUCUUCAGGAUGGAACAAUAGUGGCUAUCAAAAGAAGGGUUUCGGCUCCAAGUCAGGAAUUUAUCGAGGAGGUAUGCUACUUAUCUUCGAUUCGCCAUAGGAAUCUUGUAAGACUUUUGGGUUACUGCCAGGAAAAUGAUCUGCAGAUGCUUGUCUAUGAGUAUGUAUCGAAUGGCAGUGUUUCCACUCACUUAUACGGUGGUAAUCAGGUUUUGAGCAGAAAGCUAGAAUUCAAACACAGACUUUCCAUAGCCCAUGGCGCUGCGAAAGGUAUGGUUCACCUGCAUUCUCUGAAUCCUCCUUUGGUGCACAUGAACUUCAAGACAACAAAUGUCCUUGUAGAUGAGGACUUCAUACCGAAAGUUGCCGAUGCUGGGCUACGUAGGUUGUUGAAUCGGACAAAUGGUGCUAGUCCAUCUUCUAGAGUGACCACCGAUGAUCCUUUCCAUGAUCCGGAAGUGAAGGAGUCUGGAGGAUUCUCUUUGAAGAGUGAUGUAUAUAGUUUUGGGGUAUUUCUCAUGGAGUUAUUAUGUGGGAGAGAUGUCAGAUCUGAUCAAAGACUCAUCGAAUGGGCACAGAACUAUGAGGACUCUAUCGAUAUAUCGACAGUCAUUGAUCCGAGAAUGGUCAGUAGUUUCACCUCAGAAGGCAUGAAAGAGUUCUUGAGGCUGAUAACAUGGUGCCUGAAUCCGUCAAGCGAGAGGAGACCUUCCAUGGAUUAUGUGGAGAUAGAACUUCAACGGAUACGCGAAAAGGAGUUACAGUUGACGACUGUCAUGGGCGAAGGGACGACGACCGUAACUCUUGGAAGUCAGCUGUUUAGGGCAUGAAUAAUAGUCGAUGUAUCAACCAUGUUUUCAUGAUUGUAUAUUAACUCUUUCACCUUUGUUUUGGGAACCAUCAGCUGCAAGUUAAGUGUAUAAAUGGAACAGCUGUGUCAUUCUUUCGAUUUUUUUUCUCCUCCUUCCCAAAAUGUUUGUAGAGUCAUGUCUCUUUGUUUUUAUCUUAGAUCUCAUUUAUAUGAUUGGGUUUGGUGUGGGCUUAUCGGCAGUA